GCUUAUCUUCAAUAUUAUGAGUAGAGGCUUUCCUGUCUUCUUCCUACAAGAAGAAGAAGAAGAAGAAGAAGAAUAUGUUGUUUUCUGUUACCCAUUUGCGAGGAAAUCGAGAUGUUCAUCCUCAAAACCAGAUCUUUUCUCUUGAUCGGCUCCUCUGCGACGAGGAGAGAGUCGAUUCCGAUGAUUCCGGUGGUUGGUUUCGUUUCGAGAAUCUGAAAAAGCCCUCUCCUUUAUUCGAAUCUGACCUUUCCUGGGAGGACGACGAGCUAUUGACUCUCUUGUCGAAAGAAAGGGAGCUGUGUCAUGGUUCUGGGGUUCUUGAUUUGGAUGGCCCUUUAAUGGCGGAUAGAGCUGAGGCUCUGGACUGGAUGUUUAAGGUUGUCGGACACUAUGGGUUCAGCGCCUUAACCGCUGUUUUGGCAGUGAACUAUUUCGAUAGGCUCAUUUGUGGCGUUUCCUUCCAGAAGGAUAAGCCAUGGAUGAGCCAGCUUGCUUCUGUGGCUUGUCUUUCUAUUGCUGCAAAAGUAGAGGAGAUUGAUGUUCCCCUUCUACUAGACUUCCAAGUGGUGGAUUCGAAGUAUAUGUUUGAGGCAAAGACUAUUCAGAGAAUGGAGCUUCUGAUUCUCUCUACCCUUAAGUGGCGGAUGAAUCUGGUGACUCCGAUCUCCUUUUUUGACCAUAUUGUUAGGAGAUUCGGAUUUAAGGCCGACUUGCAUCAUGAAUUUCUGAAGAGUUGUAACCAUAUCAUUCUUUCUGUAAUUGCUGAUUAUAGGCUAUUGGAUUAUCUUCCGUCUGUUAUUGCUACUGCAAUCAUGUUAAUAGCUUUUGAAGAGAUUGAACUUUGCAAUGCUGCUGAAUACAAUGAUGAACUGAUCUCCAUACUGAAAGUCAGCAAGGAAGAGGUAGAUGAAUGCUACAAGGUUAUUCUUGAGGCAUAUGGUUGUGAUGGAGACACACAUUACCAAAACCGUAAACGCAAAUAUGAAUAUGUACCCGGCAGUCCUGAUGGUGUAUUUGAUGCAUAUUUCAGCUGUGAAAGCUCUAAUGAUUCAUGGGCAUUCGCUCCAUCAGUUACUUCCUCACCAGAAACUCUCCACAAGAAGAGUAGAUCUUAAGACCAGCAAAUGAGAGUGGCUUCGCUAAGCAAUGCCCAUGGUUGUGGCUAGCAGUUGUCAAUUCAUCUAGUGUUUCAGCAAUGGUACUACUUGAUCUUCUUCUUUUAGCUGUGUUCUCCUGAAAUGUGAUGGAAUUCUAUGACAUUCAAUAUGCUUUCACUAGACUUUCAACUAGAUUCAUCACUCAUGUGACUUCGUGGAGGUCUCUAUGGAGAAUGAACGGCAGCAUUAUCCACUCCUAUAUGUAUUUAUUUGUAAGCUAGACUGAGUUUGGAAAUGAAAUUCAUGGAGCCUUUUUUUACUGACUCGCAUCUCUUGAAUGGUU